AUGGAACAGAAUUGUUUAUUAAGUAGUCUGUUACUCCCUAAAGAUAACGAUGAUGAUCGACAUUUGCCUGCUAAAACAAAUCAUUUAUGGGGUCGAAAUCGUGACCUACAGACUAACUUUGUCGAUAAAAAGAAGCAACAUUAUUCAUUCGACAUUUUCAUCAAAAUGAUUCUCAAGGAUCAUUUCAAUUUGCCAUCUGAAAAUUCUAGUGCUAAAUCUACGCAUGAAUUAACAGAAAAUUUCAAAUUGCUAAAAAGUGAUAAACUAAAACAAUUUGCAGUUGUAGAAGAGAAACGUUCCAAAUUGUAUAAAUCAUUAAUAGCAAAAGUUAAUUCAAAUUGUAUUGAUGAAAAACUUUUUUCUGCUUUACCCUGUGAAGUAUAUCCUCCUCCUCCUCCUUCUAGUUCGGUGAAUAAAACCCCACUUUCACCUUAUCGAAUAAAUGGACAUCAAAAUGUUUCUAUUGGUAGCAAUACGAUUAUGACUAAUUCAAGAUAUCAUAGAUCAAAGUUAUCUGCUCGUAGUUCAGGAACAACCGAAGGUACAAUAACUGAAAUAACCUCCACAGAUGGUAACACUACUACUACUACUACUACUACUACUACUAAUAAUAAUAAUACUAAUGAAAGGAAGGAUGAAUUAACUACAAUGAAUCUCAUGAAUUUAUCAAACCGUGCUAAAGCUUUGUCGCUAUACAGUUUUCCUCAUAUUAUUAAAAGUGUAGAAUUAAAAGCCUACAAUCUGUAUGAACGUAAAGCUAGACAAAUGAGACAAGUUGUAGGCAGACGUAUGUAUUCAGAUGCUGAACGUAAAAAUGCCUGUCUUCAACGUCAAAUUAAAGAAGAUAUAAUUUUAUCCGAGAAAGUGAAAGCUGAAGCUGAGAAGCACUUUCACAAAUUGAAAUCAAUCAAAAGUCGACAACUGCCUGAUCAUUCCAGAAGUAAUUGUGUAUCAAAUCUCUCUGAAAAUACAACAAGCAUUUCAAGUAAAUCGUCUAUCAAUUCAACAGUUGGUAACAACACUGUCACGGAUAAAUCUGAUCAGCUGUCAGCAUACAGCACUACUACUCUUGAAGAUAAAUUGUAUCCAACUCCCUGUGGAUCAUUCAUGUGUAAUGAGAAUACUAAUUCAAAUAACUCAAUAGAUUGUAGUAAUAAGCAUAGAAAACAACAACUUGAAUCCACUGAUGAUUACGAUGAAGUACUGUCUAUGUGGCAUUCUUUACUCACUCAGCUGAAUAAGAAGGAAUUACCUAAUCUUUGUCUUUGUAUGCGAUACAGUAGUAAUAAUGAUGGUGUAUACACUGGUCGAAUACCACCAUGGUUGGAGUGUGCUAGUAAUUGUCGAUUUUACCAAAAACCUGAAGCCUUCUUGAAGUCUUUAACCGACUACAUACAAUCACAAAAUUAG